AUGUCGGGAGCAGGCUACGAUGCCGUCGUAGACGUCGAUGACGAGGUAAAUCUCCCCAGCUCGAUAGCUCAGGCUCUCGGCGACCUCGGCCACACCGACCUACAAGAAGACCUCGAAUUCCACAACUCCAACUUCACGUCGAACCCUUCGGUCGGCGGGCGCAGUAAAGUGAGCAACGCAGGCGGCGGCGGCCUUCCGCUCCCCGCGACGACAAGCUCGAGCUCGUCGAAGCGCUACCUCUGGACGCUGUCCUUUUACGCGCAGUUCUUCGACGUCGACACCUCGUCGGUCCUGUCCCGCUGCUGGGCGGCGCUCUACCCGCGAGCGAACUUCCUCGACGUGCUCGAGGGUAACGCGGACUUGUAUGGGCCCUUCUGGAUUGCUACUACGGUCAUCUUCAUCUUGUUCUUGGGCGGGACUAUUAGUCGGUAUCUAAGUAUCAAGGGAGACGAGCCGUUUCGAUAUGAUUUUACUUUGUUAAGUGGCGCGGCCGGUCUGAUCUACGGCUACACCCUCGGCAUCCCCGUCCUCCUCUUUGGCGCACUCCGCUACUUUGGCUCAGAAAGCGCCAACCUCCUCGAGUGUUGGGCUCUCUACGGCUACGCGAACCUGAUCUGGAUCCCCGUGGCGCUGAUCAGCUGGUCUCCGAUCCAGAUUCUCAACUGGAUCUUCGUCGGCAUCGGCUUCGGGGUCUCGGUCGCCUUCCUGCUCCGCAAUCUGUACCCCGUGCUCAGCGCGACGGACCGCCAGACUAGCAAGGUGCUGCUAGUCCUCGUCGUGGCGCUGCACUUGGGCUUGACCGUCGCCAUCAAAAUCUUGUUCUUUGCCGCGGGUAGCCCGGCGCCUAUCAAGGACGCGCCGCCGCCAGCGGAGCCGAAUCCAGUGGAUGGAGAGGGGGACGGUGCGGCGCAGGCUGUGAGUAUGAUGAUGCGCUUCCUGUUUUGA